UCCUAUGGCGGAGUGUUCCACCAGUUAAGGUGCGCGAAUUAAUGAUGCAGGUGUUCCUUGGCGGCAAUUAAACACAUCUUUGUGAGAUGAGAUCGCCCAGCAUUUUCUCUACACUAAACUUCCCUACGCAUUUCAACAUUGUGGCUAUUUAAAAGCUCUGUCAACCAAGAUGAACAAUAGCGGACCAACGUAUCCCCUCGCCUCUUUGUAUGUUGGGGACCUGCAUCCUGAUGUUACAGAAGCCAUGUUGUACCAGAAAUUUUCUCCUGCUGGGCCAAUCAUGUCAAUCCGUGUUUGUCGUGAUAUUAUCACCCGGAGAUCCUUGGGAUAUGCCUACAUAAACUUCCAGCAACCAGCUGAUGCGGAGUGUGCUUUGGAUACAAUGAACUACGACGUCAUCAAGGGACGCCCUAUCCGAAUAAUGUGGUCUCAACGUGACCCCGGCCUUAGGAAAUCUGGUGUGGGCAACAUUUUUAUCAAGAACAUGGAUGAUUCUAUUGACAACAAGGCAUUGUAUGAUACCUUCUCAGCCUUUGGAAAUAUCUUGUCCUGCAAGGUCGUUUGUGAUGAGAAAGGUUCGAAAGGCUAUGGUUUUGUUCACUUUGAGACUCAGGAAGCUGCAAACCGUGCCAUUGAAACCAUGAACGGAAUGCUGCUGAACGAUAGGAAAGUUUUUGUUGGCCAUUUCAAGUCCCGCAAGGACCGAGAGCUGGAGUUUGGCACCAAAGCUAUGAAAUUCACCAAUGUUUACAUUAAAAACUUUGGUGAAGACUACACAGAUGACAAUCUAAAAGAUGUAUUUGCUGCAUUUGGGAGGACUCUCAGUGUGCGUGUGAUGAAGGAUGAAAAAGGUUGUUCACGUGGUUUCGGCUUCGUGAACUUUGUUAACCAUGAGGACGCGCAAAAGGCAGUCGACGAGAUGAAUGGCAAGGAUUUUCAUGGGAAACUUCUCUAUGUCGGGCGGGCUCAGAAGCGGCUGGAGCGCCAGAGCGAGCUGAAGCGCAGGUUUGACCAGAUCAAACAGGACCGCAUUCAGCGAUACCAGGGUGUAAAUCUGUAUGUGAAGAACUUGGACGACAGCAUAGAUGAUGAAAGACUCAGAAAGGAGUUCUCACCCUACGGCACUAUAACAAGUGCAAAGGUUAUGACCGAUGGCUCCCAAAGCAAAGGCUUUGGCUUUGUCUGCUUUUCUUCUCCGGAGGAAGCGACAAAAGCAGUGACCGAGAUGAACGGAAGAAUUAUCGCAACAAAGCCCCUCUAUGUGGCACUGGCUCAGCGAAGGGAGGAGCGUAAAGCUAUCCUUACCAAUAAGUACAUGCAGAGACUGGCCACCUUGAGAAGCAUGACCAGUCCCAUCAUUGACUCGUACCAUCAGACCAGCUACUAUAUGACCGUGCCGCAGCCGCCGACCCGCAACUUCUACGACCACAAUGCUGUCAGCAACAUGAGAUCAGUGCCUCGCUGGACAGGACAGUCGCCGAGAGUUCAGGGGCCGUACGCGACCCACUACGUUGGCGGCUAUGCUCCUCGGCGCGGCUCAACACCCAUUGCGACAGUCAGACAGGCUUCCACUCAGGCUCCACGGAUCAUCAGUUCCACACAAAAGACAAGUAACAUCGGAACCCAGACUGCGGGAGGGCGAGCCGACAUGUCCGGCGUGUCAAGGAGCAGCCAAUUUAAGUACUCCUCUGUAGUGCGGAACCCUCAGCAAGUUAUCACUGUGCCUACACCCAUGACCAGACUCCAGGUUGUUCCUGUAAUGGAGCAUCCAGUGCACACUCAAGGUAAUGAGUCCCUAACUGCCUCAAUGUUGGCUGCAGCACCACUUGUGGACCAGAAGCAGCUUCUUGGGGAGCGUCUUUACCCUCUGAUCCAUUCCCGUCAUCCAGCCGUGGCUGGAAAAAUCACUGGAAUGCUCCUGGAGAUCGACAACUCAGAGCUCCUACACAUGCUGGAGACGCCAGAGUCCCUUCACUCAAAGGUGGACGAGGCCUUUGCUGUCUUACAAGCCCAUCAGGCCAAGGUCUGCUCUCCAAAAAAGUGACGAGUCCUUUCAGAUGGUGACCAUUCUGGAGGAGGAAUAACAUUUAUAAAACAAAAAAGAAAAAAAGACAAGUGUUGUACAUGGAUGUAACUGACAAGACAUUGAGUUGAAUGUUGUUAAAUUUUGUUAUCUUUUGUUAUAAUAUAAAAGUUCAUAA